GCGGACCCGACAUCCGUGCCCCCGCCCGUUCCUCGCCUCGCCCCGCCCCGCCCGCUGGCGGCCCCGGCGCCCCCUGGCGGGGCGGAGGAGGGGUCCCGCGCGGACCCCGGGCGGAGCCGAUUGGUCGCGCCGCGGGCGCUGCCUGCCGGGGGACAAUGGGAGCCCCGCCGGCUGGCGGUCCCCGGCCAAUGGGCGGGCGCAGGGCGGGCGGCGAGGAUGACGGGAGCUGAGUGGCCGCUGCCCAGCAGGCGGGGAGGGGAUUGGCGGGCUGGCGGGCGGGCGUCGUGGCGGCAGGAAAGGGAGGAAGGAGGGAGCUGAUCGGCGGGUGCUGUUAUUGUGGGGCAGGGGAGAGGGAGCUGAUUGGAGCGUCUACCUGGACCACAACGCCACCACCCCCCUGGCCCCUGAGGCGGCCCAGGCCGUGCGGGAUGCCAUGCUCCAGGCCUGGGGCAACCCCAGCAGCUCCCACCCUGCAGGCAGGAAGGCGAAGGAGCUCAUCGGCUGCGCCCGGGAGAGCCUGGCGAGGAUGGUGGGAGGCCGGCCAGAGGACAUCGUCUUUACCUCGGGGGGCACGGAGGUGGGAGCAGCCGCAGAGGAGGGCAAGGACAAAGGGCGCCGCCCUUUCUCUGGGCCUUCCUUUUCCCCUCUGCCUUUCUCUCUUCAGGCAAACAACAUGGUGAUCCACACCGCCUGCAGGCACUUCCGCGAAAGCCAGGCCAGGCCGGGGAACGGCCGGGGGACGCCACACAUCGUGACGUCGAGCGUGGAGCACGACUCCAUCCGCCUGCCACUGGAGCAGCUGGUGAAGGAGAGCCUGGCAGAAGCCACCUUUGUGGCUGUGUCCCCACAAAGCGGGCGGGCUGAGGUGGACGACGUCCUCGCUGCCAUCCGGCCAACCACCUGCCUGGUUUCCAUCAUGUUGGCCAAUAAUGAGACUGGAGUCAUCAUGCCUGUAACGGAGCUGAGCCAGCGCGUCCAUGCCCUCAAUCAGUGGAGAGUGGCGGAGGGGCUGCCCAGGAUCCUGGUGCACACGGAUGCGGCGCAGAUGAUUGGCAAGGGGCGCGUGGACGUGCAGGAGCUGGGGGUGGACUACCUCACCAUCGUGGGACACAAGUUCUAUGGCCCGCGGAUUGGCGCGCUGUACGUGCGUGGCCCUGGCACCACCACCCCGCUGCACCCCAUGCUCUUCGGAGGGGGACAGGAGAGGAGUUUCCGGCCGGGGACCGAGAACACCCCAAUGAUCGCCGGCCUUGGCCGGGCUGCAGAGUUGGUGAGCAAGAACUGGGAGGCCUACAAGGCUCAUAUGCAGGAUGUUCGGGAUUACCUGGAGGCCAGGCUGGAGGCCUCCUUUGGGAAGCAGAGGAUCCACCUCAACAGCCACUUUAUGGGCUCCAAGCGACUCUGCAACACCUCUAACUUCUCCAUUCUGGGCCCAGGCCUUCAAGGGCGAAGGGUGCUGUCUUGCUGCAAGACGCUUCUCGCCAGCGUUGGGGCUGCCUGCCACUCUGAGAAAGGGGAUCGGCCCUCCGCGAUUCUGCUUAGCUGUGGGAUCCCCUACGACGUGGCGCAGAACGCCCUGCGGCUGAGCGUGGGGCGAGACACCACCCGGGCAGACGUGGACCUGGUUGUGCAGGACCUAGUGCAGGCUGUGGCGCAGCUGGACCAGGACCAAGCCCCGUAGACCCCGGGGAUCGCUCCCUGGCCAUCACCCAGGUUCUCAGGACGGGAUUGUGCCCUGCUUGGCCCCUGGGUGCUGGCUGCCUGUGUCAGUUUGGGCUCAGGUUUUGGCGGGAUUAGUUUUGCGCCUGAUCCCUAAGUUGAACUGACACAGCCUGCAGUUUGUGAUCGUGGAUCAGACGUUGGGGAGGUGGUGGCUGGUGGUGGCAGGAGGAGGAAGUGGGAUCACCCGUUUCAGCAGCAACAUGCUCUUAGCUCUGCUUAGCUGUAUGUCAGCUUGUGCUCACAGGGAUCACAGCGGGGCUGGCACGGCUCUACAGGACAUGCGGCUCGAGCAGAGCCGGCUGCGUGCGUGCGUGCGUGCAUGUCUCAAAGGUCAACUCCCUUCAGAGCGUAGCAGGCGUGGAAGCCAUAGGAGAUGAAGCCUUUUUCCCUGGUUGCUUUCCACAAAGGAAGCUUUCCCACUGUCUAAUACCUCAGAGGAGGAAAGACCAUCUGCCCCAGAGGGAAAUGAGGAGUUGACAGAAGCACAGCAAGAUUCUGGGCUGGGAACUGCCCUGCCCCUGCCAGGGCCCUAAGCUGCCAAAGGGUUUUUUGGCUGAGAAGGUAAUGGGCACAGCCUUCCCAGCGCUGCAUUGCGUUACCUGCUCCCCUUCCUCCUGUCCUUCCUACAGUGGGCAGAGCUCUGGUUGCCAGCUCCACGUGCUCCUAAACGGAACAGUUGUCGGGGCAGCUGUAACUGCCAGCACCUGAGGAAACGUGUCUUCCCUGCGUGGCCCAGGCGGUGGUUCUCGUCACUGACACAGGAGCACACAACUGUUGCACGGAUUAGGAAUGUUGCCGGCUGGGCUGACUGAUGUCAGGGAACCUGGUCUCCCUGGGUAUUCAUAGGAAUAAAAGUGAUUGCUGCUGCUCUGGCUUUUUCCCAA